AACUGUUCAACUCUUGUUGUCUUCCUGUUCUUGGCGGCCAGUUCAAGUUGCCAUAGCAGAGAGAAACUGGCUUGUCCCUCUUCAGUUGUCACUUGCUAAAGUGACUUGUUAACGGUUUCUAUGUUGCGAAUUCAUGCUGGCUACUCCUGACCAAAACAAUGGAAUCCUCCAGCGAGUCAGACACCUUCGACCGGACGAAGGGGCUGAGGUCACGGGGGCGGAAUGCCAGCUCUCGAUCGCGACGGGACAGUCACAGAACAGGUCCUGAUGCUCCAGCCAUUUCAGAGAAAAUUAACACCUUGGCGAGUACUUUACAGGACACUAAUAGGAAUUUGAACAAAGUGGACCGGAUGCUGGGGCAAUACAGAGAGCACACAGAUGACCAGGCGGAAGCCAUGGCAACAUUGAGGGAUAAUCUGGAGGAGUCUAUCGCUCAGCUGCAGAACCAGAGGCUGCAUAGUUCCUCAGGGGUCCGGAGUGCCUCAGCCUCCACCCUGCACACCAGCGACCUGGAAGCUGGCUAUGGCUCAGAGGGCCAGCGCUUCUACCCCACGUCUCCCUUGAAAGACUAUGGGAGAUCUGAGUCGUCCGGAGAAGGAAGAGCGAGAAGGAGGUCGAGAUCAGCUACAGUCCGCUUCAGAGACUCCAGCCUGCCAGAUGGGGAUGUCCACGUCCUGCACCAGUCAUUCAGAGACCUGCGCAGUGACCAGCUCAGACUGGGGGAUGACAUGGACAGAGAAAUCCUCAGGAGGAACAGGUCUGACAUUGACACCAGACGAGCCUUGGAGAAUCUGUCCGAGCACCUGACGACUUCACAGAGACAGGACUCGGUGUCGUCUCGUGUGGAGAAGCGUCUGCAGGAGAUUGAGAGGGAGAUGCGUUCGGAGCGACAGAGCGUGUCAGACAGACGACCAGAACAGCGGGGUAUCAUGUCUGAUGAACUGCGGGAGGCUCUGAGGAGGCGAGAGGCUCGGGACCUGGAAACUGAGGAGGCCGUCAAGAACAAACUACUGAUCUCAGAGAGCGAGAAGACCAAGAUGGAGGCAGAACUGGAGAGGGCCAGGAGACAGCUGGACCAAUCAGAAGGAGGCAGGGGCGCUCUUCUACAACAGGUAGAGGAGAUGCGUGUGCAGCUGCUGAGGACAGAGAAGGAACGUAUGGAUUUGCAGAGGGAGAUCUCCCAGCUUACUACCCAGCCCAGAGCUACUCACAUUGACAGGGAGGAGAGAGGAGCAG